CGAUAAAGGUGCCAAGUUUUGAAACUGAAAAGGUGCUGGAUUCAAGAUGAGACUAGUAAUUCUUGACGACUAUGACCUUGUCAGUGAAUGGGCUGCAAAGUAUGUCAGAAAUCGAAUUAACAAGUUCAAUCCAGGCCCCAACAGAUACUUUGUGCUUGGGCUUCCAACAGGGUCAACACCUCUUGGCAUGUACAAGAAGUUGAUUGAAUUUCACAAAGAAGGCCAAGUUUCAUUCAAAUAUGUUAAGACAUUUAACAUGGAUGAGUAUGUAGACCUGCCAAGAGAUCAUCCAGAAAGCUACCAUUCCUUUAUGUGGACAAAUUUUUUCAAACAUAUUGACAUUGAGCCAAAGAAUGCACAUAUCCUGGAUGGGAAUGCAGAUAACCUAGAUCUAGAAUGUGAUAAUUUUGAGAAGAAGAUCAAAGAGGCUGGAGGUAUUCAUCUUUUCCUUGGAGGUAUCGGACCAGAUGGGCAUAUUGCCUUUAAUGAGCCAGGAUCGUCGUUGGUUUCACGCACACGAGUCAAAACUCUGGCUAAAGACACAAUAAUUGCCAAUGCAAGGUUUUUUGGUGGCGAUAUUAGUAAAGUUCCAUUGAUGGCAUUGACUGUUGGUGUUGGUACGGUUUUGGAUGCCAAAGAGGUAAUGGUACUAAUAACAGGUGCCCACAAAGCGUUUGCACUUUACAAAGCCAUCGAAGAAGGCGUCAACCAUAUGUGGACCGUAUCAGCCUUCCAGCAGCACCCAAGAACUAUCAUCGUAUGUGACGAAGACGCUACACUUGAGCUGCGUGUUAAGACUGUUAAAUAUUUCAAAGGCUUGAUGGAUGUCCAUAAUAAACUAGUAGAGCCACUUGAAAAAAAUGAUGUCAUUGAGACUGGAUCCGGUGUCCCAUUGUCCAAAAGACGCAAGACCAUUCAAGAACAGCAUACUUGAAAGAUGCUAAGAAGUAUGGGAUAUUUCUAUUGCUGAUUUAUUGAAAUUUCAGAGGUGAUUUUUAUGCCAUCUUACGUGUUAUAUUUUUUUCAAAGCUGGAUAAAUAAUAUAAUUUUGUAGUAAAAUGAAAUUGGUAUUCCAUAAAAUUAAAAAUUUAAAAAAAGAAGUUAGAAAUAGAUGUAAAAAUUAUUCCUUUUUCAAA